CCCGGUGGCGCCACCCCGCCAAUACAGACCGUGGAAGUUCAUUAAAAAAAAUGUGCAGUUGCUAUUCUGAAAAUUCCAGGAGUGUGACUAGGUUGUCAUGACUAUUUUAGGGUGGGCGAUAAGAAAAAUGACAUCUGCUAUUUUCCAAAAAAGCCAGAGCAGAAGUUGCGCAAUCACGGUUCCUCAUCCUGCGCUAUUGUCUGUUUUAGGAGCCUCCGAUAAGGUUGAAGGCACAACGUGAAACCCUCGGUAAUUUUAAUCCGAAAAGAGGCAAAGCGUUGGCCUGAAUGGAACAAAAAUUUCAAAUGACAAAUGUGGCUCAUCUUAUGUUUCUGUUGGACGGUGUUGUGUUAGACAAUCAACAAGCCAAUUCUGGGCUAGACACUGCAACAAGCCAGGAGGCAAUUUUUAAAAAGGAAAGAUUAAUCCAGACAGCUCACUCCUUACAACCUGGUUGAUGAGACAAGACAUCGAGAGCCAUUGAUUGACACAACCAGAAGAUUUCUCCAUACUCAAGACCUGAAGCUACAAAAUAAAGGUAUAUGCAUGUGUUGCCAGCCAGGUGUUCACUCUGCUUCUGACCAGGCUUCCAGAAAGUAUACUUCAAUGUAUGCUUUUGGACAAUGGUACAGCAUGCUGUUUCACUUUCUCCUCAACCAGGUCGAAAAUGUCCGUUUGGUAGAUCGGCUAUCGUCUAAAAAGGCAGCCCUAGGUACUUUGUAUUUGACGGCUACUCAUGUCAUAUUCGUGGAAAAUGCACCUGACACAAGAAAAGAAACAUGGAUUCUUCACAGUCAGAUUUCCACCAUCGAAAAGCAGGCAACAACCGCUACUGGAUGCCCUCUGCUUAUUCGCUGCAAGAACUUCCAGCUGUUGCAGCUCAUCAUACCACAGGAACGAGACUGCCACGAUGUGUACAUCUCUCUGAUACGCCUUGCAAGGCCAGUGAAAUAUGAGGAGUUAUACUGCUUUUCAUUCAACCCCAAGCUGGAUAAAGAAGAAAGAGAACAGGGCUGGAUGCUGAUCGAUCUCAGUGAAGAGUACAAGCGAAUGGGCCUCCCUAAUAAUUAUUGGCAGCUCAGCGAUGUGAAUAGAGACUACAGAGUUUGUGAUUCUUACCCUACUGAACUGUAUGUUCCCAAAUCGGCCACGGCACACAUCAUAGUGGGGAGUUCCAAAUUCCGGAGCAGACGGCGAUUUCCUGCCCUUUCUUACUACUAUAAAGAUAACCACGCCUCCAUCUGCCGGAGCAGCCAGCCCCUGUCCGGCUUCAGUGCCCGGUGCCUCGAGGAUGAGCAGAUGCUCCAGGCCAUCAGGAAGGCCAAUCCGGGAAGCGACUUCAUUUACGUCGUGGACACUCGGCCUAAACUCAAUGCCAUGGCAAAUCGUGCUGCAGGGAAAGGCUAUGAGAACGAAGACAACUACUCCAAUAUCAAGUUUCAGUUUAUCGGCAUAGAGAACAUCCAUGUCAUGAGGAGCAGUCUGCAAAAAAUGCUGGAAGUGUGUGAGCUUCAGUCUCCCUCCAUGAGUGACUUUCUGUGGGGGCUGGAGAACUCUGGCUGGUUAAGGCACAUUAAGGCCAUCAUGGAUGCAGGAAUCUUCAUUGCAAAGGCAGUUUCAGAGGAAGGGGCAAGCGUGCUUGUUCACUGUUCAGAUGGCUGGGACAGGACUGCCCAAGUGUGCUCAGUGGCCAGCCUCCUGCUGGACCCGCAUUACCGGACCCUGAAGGGCUUUAUGGUAUUAAUUGAAAAGGACUGGAUUUCCUUUGGUCAUAAGUUUAACCACAGAUAUGGCAAUCUAGAUGGUGAUCCAAAAGAAAUCUCUCCAGUUAUUGAUCAGUUCAUUGAGUGUGUCUGGCAGUUAAUGGAACAAUUUCCCUGUGCCUUUGAGUUCAAUGAGAGAUUUUUGAUUCACAUUCAACACCAUGUUUAUUCCUGCCAGUUCGGAAACUUCUUAUGUAAUAGCCAAAAGGAGCGACAAGAACUCAAAAUUCAAGAAAGAACAUAUUCUUUAUGGGCUCACCUGUGGAAGAACCGGGCUGACUACAUGAAUCCUCUAUUUAGAGCUGAUCACAGUCAGACCAGGGGAACACUUCGUCUCCCCACAACGCCAUGCAACUUCAUGUACAAGUUUUGGAGCGGGAUGUACAACCGCUUUGAAAAGGGACUGCAGCCCCGACAGUCUGUUACAGAUUACCUUAUGGCAGUGAAAGAGGAGACCCAGCAGCUGGAGGAAGAACUAGAGGCCCUAGAAGAAAGACUGAAAAAAAUUCAAAAAGUCCAGUUAAAUCACACUAAAGUGAAAAGUAAGCCGAGUGAACCCAGCAAACACUCAGGGUUUUCUACCUCAGACAACAGCACAGCCAACACUCCCCAGGAUUACAGUGGAAAUAUGAAGUCAUUUCCAUCCAGGAGUCCUUCACAAGGUGAUGAAGAUUCUGCUCUCAUCCUAACCCAAGACAAUUUGAAAAGCUCAGAUCCAGAUCUCUCAGCCAACAGUGAUCAGGAGUCUGGGGUCGAGGAUUUAAGCUGCCGGUCUCCAAGUGGUGGGGAGUGUGCACCAAGUGAAGACAGUGGCAAGGACCGCGAUUCUGACGAAGCUGUGUUUCUCACUGCCUGAAGUUUCCCUUGUGGAGAUCCAACAUAAAGGACACACAAGAAACACUUUCCAAAAAUAAGGGAGCAGUGCAAUUUAAAAUAAAAAAUAAUUCAAGCAAUGGUACAUGUCCUUGAGAAUUGUAAAAUGUAGCAAUGAAAAGGGAAAAAAAGUCCAACUCCUAGUUUCCGUAGAUGCUGAAACAGGAAGUAGCCAUUUCUUUUAUCAAACAGAUAUAAAAGAAAAAUUAUUCCCCAUUUUAAAAGUUGUUCUAGACUCUGAAAGUUUUGUUCACUAUGUAGUGUUGACCUCUUCCAUCACCUGAGAUAUCAGUACAAAUCUUCCUUGUCAUAGCAUGCAUCUGCUCAAAAAGUGCCCUGACUCCUCCUCCUCCCCUCACACCUGUUAUCCUCAGCCUUUCCUCCUAUUUUACUUCCAGACAGAGAUUUUGUUUUCUAAAAUAUUUGACAUUGCCUUCCCUCGUGACUCUGUUACCAGUAUUUCCAGUAACAGAGUACACUGUGGAAACCUACCCCUUUUGGUUGGCAGAUGUGUCUAAUUGAGGAGCUUUGUGAUUGCUUGAGCUAAUCUUUCAGGUUUAGUGAUCACUUUAACUUUUCCUUAGAUGAUAUAUUUUGAAUCGUUAUUAUAAUCUUGUUUCUUUUUCUGGAAUCUCAUUUAAAAAAUGCUGAAACUUCUAGAAUUCCUUUUCUCUAACAUAGGUCUAAUACCUAAUAAAAUAGAAGCAACAUUUA